UGUGUGUAUAAGCAUAAGCUAUUGUGAUUUCUUUGUACGGCAUGUGAUCUGAGAUGGCUUUUUCCUAGACUAAAACUAGCAUUUGCGCUAUUGUUUAUGCCGAGUUUUCUUGGAACAUUUUCUUGAGUAUUUGUGAAAGACUUCAUUUGUUGAUAAUUUUUAACCCCAAAACGAGAACAAUUAAGACUGCCAGGGGACCGCAUCAUCACAAAAAACAACGAUGUGUGUUCUCCCCUUGGAGAGGUGGGGUACCGGAUUGCAUUCUGCGUUUCAUAUCCAGUUUUCUUGCUAAGCAACAAUCAUGUUUUUAAUAGCAGGGCUGGUCGAUUACACAUCAAAACCAGUGUUCUGGUUAUUUGCCGGUAGCAAGCGAAGUUGGACUUGGAUCAGAAGAUAAAUACAUUGUGUAUUUUUAUUGUCUGUAUUGUGUAUUAUCCUACUAGAGAGCUGCCUGUGGUGUACGUGGCUUCACGUUUGUACUUUUAACGUCACGGGUACGAUUCAUAUCAUGAUAGAAAUCGAAUGUGUCAACGAACACAUUAUCAGUUUUUGUGUUAUUGGCCUAAGGAGCUUUCAGGUCUGAUCAGAGGCAAAAUUUCCUGUCGGAGCCACAGGGGCCCCCCAUAUAGGAAUAAACAAGGGUCUUUGAAAGCUGCGAUCCAAGGAUAUUAGAGGACUCUCUUUCAGCCUGUGCUUUGGAUCAGGAGUGAUAGAGUGUACUUCUUAGGGGGUGCACCCAUAUCUCCAAGCUUGCUGUCAGGUACCGAUGCGAGAAAGGAUGGGUACUCAAGGCAGCCCCGUCAAGAGCUAUGACUAUCUACUAAAAUUCCUGCUGGUGGGAGACAGCGAUGUAGGGAAAGUGGAGAUCUUGGGCAGUCUUCAGGACGGGUCGGCUGAGUCCCCCUAUGCCUACAGCAGCGGAAUUGACUACAAGACCACUACAAUCCUCUUGGAUGGGAGACGUGUCAAACUGGAACUCUGGGACACAUCAGGACAGGGUCGUUUCUGCACCAUCUUCAGAUCCUAUUCCAGAGGGGCGCAGGGAAUCCUGUUGGUUUAUGACAUCACUAACCGCUGGUCCUUUGACGGCAUUGACCGUUGGAUCCGAGAGAUAGACGAGCAUGCGCCUGGAGUGCCACGGAUCCUUGUAGGAAACCGGCUUCACUUGGCAUUCAAGCGUCAGGUGCCAACGGAGCAGGCACGCACCUACGCAGAGAAGAACAGCAUGACCUUCUUUGAGGUCAGCCCCCUCUGCAACUUCAAUGUCAUAGAGUCCUUCACAGAGCUCUCGCGUAUUGUCCUGAUGCGGCACGGCAUGGAGAAGUUCUGGAAACCCAAUAGAGUUUUCACCCUGCAGGACCUGUGCUGCCGAGCCAUUGUGUCAUGUACCCCGGUUCACCUCAUCGACAAGCUGCCGCUGCCCGUGGCCAUCAAGAGCCAUCUCAAGUCCUUCUCCAUGGCCAAUGGGAUGAACGCUGUAAUGAUGCAUGGUCGCUCUUACUCUCUCGCUAACCUGCCGGGGGGCAGCAAGGGGAACAGCCUGAAACGCUCCAAAUCCAUCAGGCCCCCCCAGAGCCCUCCUCAGAACUCUGCCAGGAACAACUGCAAGAUCUCUUAGCAUGCAGGUGUAGACCAGAGCCAUCAGACCUCUGCAAGACAGACUCCAGCCCCGUUUAGGCAUGUUCUGGUUGCGCCCAGUCAUAACGAAGAACUCCCCACCCAACCACAGACAAGAUUUUGAAAUCUGUGCCCACUGACAUUCCCAUGCUACCAAUCAGGAUUAAGACUCCACCUGCACUAGCUCCUCCAAUCUCCCCUGAAUCCAAUCAAGAAUCACCAUAGUGUCUCUUCGACGUAGCCAGAAAGCAAUGCGCCUGAAAUCAUUUUUUUAAAUUGUACUAUUUAAUUAUUGUAUUUUUUUUUUUUUUUUU